AUUUAUUUACAUUUUAACUGAAUCCGCGACAGUGCAAGUUGUAAAGGAAAACAAGUGAAAAUUUAAAAGAAAUAUUGAUAUCGCAAAAGUGAAAAUAAUUUAGUUAAUAUAUUAAUAUCCACAUAAUGUGUGAAGGAAAAAUGUAAAUAUUGGUCUCGCUGCAUUUGCAGUGGAUUACUUGAAGAUUGGAAAGUAAAGUUGUGGUAGAAAUGCGUGAUCCAUGCCAUGUUGGAUGAAAUCCGUACAGUGAGGCAUCCCUACCACAAUGCAUUGCUUUUAAUAUAAUUAUUCUUAUUUGAUUGCUGAUGGAAAAAAUACUGCGCAUGAAAAAUCAAUAAACGCAAAGGAGACAAUACCGACAGUCACGAAAGGAAAUUCAGUGAGCUUCCCUACUGACGAAGCUGUGUUGUCGGUACGAGUUAAAUUCGUAGAAAUCGGUGUCCAAAAGCAGACGUAGUCACUGACGGUCGCAAAAAGAAAACAUUAACAGCAACUAUCUAUGUGUGGGGAACAAACAACAAUAGAUACAUCGUAGUAUAUCAACAUAGCCGUUGGCUAUAUACUUCUGAGGCGUGGGUUUUUGUUUGAAUACCUUUUUGUUUAUAUUUGCGCAAAGUAUCAGCGCCUCCACUGCGGUUGCCUGUCACUUCGAGACAUUAUACGCUAUUGCCUAUGAAUAAAUGUUAUUGCGCCCUACCUACAUAUAAUCCAACGGAAGAAGGCGCUGUGUACGGGACAUGCGGUGCACAAGCGAUCUACAUAUUAGUCAGAAACCGUAGAGGCAGAGUUGUGACAGCCGAGCAAUUUCGCGCUAUUGACCGUAUGCAACAUCAUUAACUCAAAACAAAAAACAGCAGAGGAAGCAUCCAGUUCGCCAUCACCACCCAUAUUGCAAAUAAUUGUUUCUCCCUUUGUUAUGUGUUUAAACAAAUGAAUAGAUUAUAAAACGAGGUGAAAACUGGUGAGAAGCGCAGCUUUAGCGAAUAAGUUAGCCGGUAGUUUGGCGCUACUUCAAGCCAGUGGGGAUGGUGCGGAGGCGGAUGGUAUCAAUACUGUUGUUUGUACGCCCGAAUUGGCCCCUUCGCCAUUACGCAUUAACACAUAUGAAUUUAAUUAAGCACCGAAAUAUAUAGAGAAAUAAAAUUAGAGUUCUUUAUAUUUGGUGAGCAUCGACAUUACCGCUGAACAAUGACCGCAAAAUAUAACAAUAAAGCAUUAGCAAUUAAAGAAAAAUGCGCAACGUACAAUAAAUGCUAAUUUAAAGCUCAUGUGUGUAUGUAUGUAUGUAUGUAGUCAGGAGCGGCUCACAACAGAACAAAUAAAAACAAAUAAAACGAAAACAUUCCAAAUAGAAGCAGUAUUUGAGUGAGAAUCAGUAGUCAGAAAAUAGUAUAGACGCGCCUGUCGCAAAGGCUGCAAAGGCCUCUUUUCCCCAGAUUAAGCUGUAGUUGAUGCACACGACGCCAACUGCGACGCCACUAAUACUACAUUGAAUUUCCAUCAAGUAAGCAGAUUGCACGCGCGGCAUUAGGCAAUCACAGCAAUCGCAUAGCAGAACAAAAAAAAAAAACAAAAAAAUUAAUUGAAUACCUAGCAGUUAGGACAGUGCGCAGGGGUGAGUGCUACGCGGUGUGAUCAGCGACUAUGGUUAAAUCGCUGGUUUCGAAACUAUCGGCGGCAUCAUCAAAUUUAUCGCUCGCUUCAACGCUCUCCUCGGUCGGUGUUGGUGGUGGCAGCGGGAGCAGUGGUGCGCAGGAGACCAAUUACGCAAAACAUCGCAACGAUCCAGGUCGCUUCUUCGGCGAUGGCGUACAAUUUAAGGCGAAACUUAUUGGUAUACUCGAAGUGGGCGAGGCACGUGGCGAUCGCAUGUGUCAGGAGGCACUGCAGGAUCUCAAGAUGGCCAUACGGGCUGCCGGUGAACAUAAGCAACGCAUAACCAUACAUGUGACUAUCGAUGGGCUGCGAUUACGCGAUGAGAAAACCGGAGACUCGCUAUACCACCAUCCGGUGCACAAAAUUUCCUUCAUUGCGCAGGAUAUGACCGAUUCACGUGCAUUUGGCUACAUAUUUGGUUCACCCGAUAGCGGACAUCGCUUCUUUGGCAUAAAGACUGACAAAGCGGCUAGUCAGGUUGUGCUGGCAAUGCGCGAUCUCUUCCAAGUCGUUUUCGAGCUAAAAAAGAAAGAAAUCGAAUUGGCACGCCAGCAGAUACAGUCAAAAUCUAUACACGAACAUCAACUUGCCUCAUUAUCAUCACUAAAAUCCUCCGCUGGCGGGGUUGUAACAGGAUUGAGCGCCCACAACGAUCUCAGUUGCAGCGGUGGAGGCGGUGGUGGCAGCACACUGUCGGUGUUAAGUGGGUUUAGUGGACAAAAUCGUGCGUCAGCUUCGAAUCGGUUGGGUGUUAAUUUAGACAACAAAGGAGCAUGCAAAGAGAUGUCCCCUGAAUCAGUAGCAGACCUAGUGGAUUUGGAGCAAGAGCUGAGCUCUAUACAACGAGGCAUUACACAAAUGGAACGCAUCACACCCAAUGAGCCGGUGCAACCGCCACUCGGUGGGGUCGCUGGCAAGGCAGCUAACGAUGAUGAUCCAUUUGGCGACUCAUUUACUAAUUUUCCUACUUACAAUCUUUUGCCUCCGCCCGAAUCUGGUCGCUCACGCCAUAAACCAAUAAAUAAAGUAAUAGAUCCAACAGUAAAUCAAACGACAAUAGCAACGAGCGUGCCACAAAAUGCUACACUUUCUUCGUUACUUUCACCUGCACCGGUAUUAAGCAGUUCACCGGGCACUUUGCAGCAAGACGACGACGACAGUUGGCUACAUGAACUUGACCAGCAAAACGAUGUAUUUGAUACUUCCAAAGCUGGCACCAUGGGCAUGGGUGUUAACUUACCGAUGGCGCCGCUAGCGCCCAGUGAAUCCACUUCGACACCAACGCAACCGUUGAGUGAAAAUUCAACGCUAGUCGAUGUUGACGUAGGUGCGGCUGCUUCAAGCAAUACACACACUCAAGCUAGUGGAACUGUGGCGGUGGCAUCAACAGCACCGACUACUGCGGGCAUGACGUCGACUUCACCGAUACCAAUAUUGAGUGAUGGACCGCCACAGGCGACAGCAGGCAGUGCAGUGAAGUCAGAUGCUUUUACAGAUUUGGAUCCAUUAGGUACGGGUCGUACACGUCCCUACGUCGAUAAGAAAUACUUUUUCCAGGAGCUUAAGAAUCCACCCAAGAAAGUGCUAAACGACUUGUCUUCAGGUGGUAAUGGCACCGUAGAUAUAACCGCUACAGGUGUUCACUAUACAGCCGCCUCGGCAGUGGUCGAUGAGUUUCUCAGCAAAGAGGGUCUCUUCGAGGAUACGCUAAGCCACAUGGAUGGCAAUAGCGAGGGCUCUCAGCAGUUGCAACAGGCGCAGUCGCAUCAGCCACAUCCACAGCCACAACCACCACCACUUAACAUUACUAACACUACUCGUACAUCAGGUAUAGCCGGCUUGAAAUCAGCCAUAAACACUUCUAAAACAGUCUCAAUUUCCACGAUGUCUGCAACAACAGCAGCAACGACAACAACAACAACUUUACUAAUAGGUGUGCUCGCACCAUCAUGCACAGCUAAUAUUUGCACCUGCACCAUUAGCAGUACCAAAUAUACGAGCACCGCUUCUAACGUUGUUGUUUCUAGAUUAAUAAGUACUAACCACCAAGUAGCGUCUAGCAACAAUUUACUAACAACCUCCACCUACUCUACUAAUUCCACAACAGCUUCUACUUUAAGAAUGCAUCAUUACCAGCCGACUUUAUCGUCGGCAACAUCUUCGUGCCAUUCAACAGCUAUACCUACUAAUCUACAUUUAAAUCAUUAUACUUUAGACUCUACGGCGACAACUGCUGGUUCCGCUGGUGAUGUUGUGAUGAUGCCACGUGACACUGACCCUUUCUCGCCGACGCGAAAGAAGAGCGACCCAUUCCAAGAGGGUGGUGACGUUUUUGCUAAAUUGGAUCCAUUCGAGUUUGAAUUCAAUAGCGGCGAGAUGAAUCAACGAAGCUCACCAUCCACUAGCACCGAAGCGCGUCGUUCAGAGGAUGUUUUCAAUGGGCCUUUACAAGUCAAUUUACCGCCGGAAAGUAAUCUUUCUCCAACCUCAGCGCAACCGCUGAACACUGCGGCACAGUGGCGCGCAGACGUUGCGCGCUUGGAGCGACAAAUGGGUGAGCCCGUCGCGGCGAUGGGUAAUGGAACCGUUGGCAACACAGUGCGUUCACGACCAACACCAUCCGGGCAAUUGUCAUCCCUGCCACAACCAUCUUCGGUUUUUAAACAACAAACAGCAGAUGUGAUUUCGAGCAUUAGCAAUAAGAAAAUGCCACAUUUGUUUGGACAGGCGCGUUUCUCCAAACGCGACUCCAACAGCAUUAACAUGUGUCGCCUUCAGGAGAGCGACUCAUUGAGUGAGAAUGAAGCCGCACCAGAGCCACCACCGCGGCCAGACUUGGCGUUAUACGCAGAACCACCACCAUUACCGCCUAAAAAGCAGUUCAACGAUAUUAUCAUACGUCCGCGUGUGACCUCGGGUAAUGCAGUGCCACCCAGCGCGUCUGCGGCGACUAGCCGUUAUGAAUUUGUCAACACUAAUACAAAGACUUUGCGCAUCUCCAACGCCGAAGUACCACCGAUACCGUUACCCUCACGCCGCGUUAGUCAUUCGGAUGGCACAUAUCCUGGACCAGGACGACCACGUAAACCUGGACACACAGAUGAUGAUUACUUAGUGCCCAUAAGCGGAGUUGGCAGCAUUGGUAGCGCAGCGGCCAGUGAUGUGCCCCCGCUCCUGCCACCACCAACACAGAUUUCAACGCGCAAUCGAGCACAACGCCAGCAAUCCCUAGCGAAGUCACAGGAUAUCUAUGAAAAUAAAAUGGAGAUUCUGCAACAACAACAGCAGAAACAACAGCAAGUUCUCACCGAUAGCGGCGGCGGCGCACCAACUGCAGUGGUAGCGUCGCUGAUACCCGACAUUACAUUGAGUCAGCUCAUGACGUUGAGUCUGGACGAGUUGGCUGCUAAGUUGAGUGUGCCCGUUAGCAAACUGAGCACUAUGACCCUGGUAGAGCUUACAUCUUAUCUCUCGGAAUUCAUAGAGAAAUCAAAACCACAACGUGCUGUUGCUGCCGCGGCUAGUGGCGCAAUCGGCCCCGAGCAUACGCUGGCAAGCCACAUGAGUCCUCGACGAGUGCGUCGCAUUGAAAUGCAAUCUGUUCGGUGUGAGCCAUCGCCUACGUUGGCGCAACCACCGGUGUUUAAAGUAAACUUCGACCAGCAGGCAACUUUUGUCGCGAAAUUCGACGACACAUUCGGUGAAGACUUGCCCACUCGUAUAGCUGAGGGCCAAAGCCAAGACACGUUCGCUAACUUCGAGCAGUUCAACGAACCGCCAAUCGCGCAACCACCACCACCAAGCGACGCCAGUCACAGCACACCGCUUGUGCCAUCCGCCGAUCGCUAUGCCGUUUUCCGCGAGAUAAUCGAUAAGGAGUUGCAAGAGCAGCAAGAGAAUGCAGAUCUUAUUGGCGAAGUGAUCACAGAGAUUGAAGAUGGCAGCGGCGCUAAUUCUCUCACAGCAUGCACUGCGGAUGCUGGUGGCGCGGCAACUGUAGCAAAUGAUCUUGGCGUGCACUUUGAAGCAAACUUUGAUGAUGAUGAUUUCCUUACGGGGCCUACAACGACCACUACAGCGAGUGCAAAAGUGCAGCCACCAAAAAUUGAUACGAAAAUAACAGAAGUAGUGGCGCAAGCAAAGGAUCGUUACGCCGCUCUACGCGACAUAAUUUUAGUAGAAAACCUCUUCGACAAUAAGCCGCCAUCAACUUUGCGAGCUUCACAGGAGUUCCCCGAGUUUAGCGAUGAAUUCAAUGAAGAUCAAGAUCAAGAUCUUAAGCAUAUAAUGGAUGGACGUGUUAGUAGUAGUGGCCCAGAUCGUUUAGGUUUGGUAGACAGUCGUGGCUUACCUGCGGAGCCUUCUUCUUCCGCAUUGACUGUCGAAGACGACGACGAAGAAGAUGACGGCGGCGGUGAAAGCAGUUUGGACAGCAAUGACAAAGACGCCGAUGUUCCUGGUAACGGACAAGACAAAUAUGAAAAACUGUCCACAUCCACACAACAACUGGAUGGCGAAAAGUCUGAUAAGCCCGAUAUGAAUGGCAGCAUUCCCGAACGCUCCGCAUCCCAACCUUCGCCGAAUUUAUUAAAUGCCAAGCAGGAUAGUAAAUUCCUCACUGUGACAGGCAGCAGUGGACUUUCGUCUUCCAAGGAUGACUUGGAAAUAGACGAGCUAAUGCAACGUGCCAUAUCUAAUUUGUCGCUAGACUCCCGGGAGCGCAUUUCACCCGCGAAUUCAGCGACCAAUAUACCCACAGUUAUCGUAACUUCAGGUAACUCCAUAGCUUUGCCACGUCCAAAUGCCACACUUUCGACGCAAGCACAGUUCAACGACGUAAGCACCUCUCCUAUUCCGCUACAGAAGUCGCCAACACCAGGCACUGCGCAGCAACAACAGAAAUCACCACUUAGCAAAUCGCCACAAGCUUCGCCACUUUUAUCACAACUCUCCGCUGUGUCGAACCUAAUCGACACCGCUACAAAACAAAUUGGCGCUAGUAACGAUUCGCAACAGGAAACGGAGGUGAAACAUUCGAAAGAGUUUUGGGCGACCUUUGACUCACCUAAGCCAAGCAUCGAGAAGGUGGAUAAACGCGGCAGAACAGCAGCCAAGCUCACGAUAAAAACUUCAUCACUACAUUUACCACCGCCGCCACCAUCGAAUACAUCUCAAAAUGAUACAGCGGAGUCGCCAUGCUCGUCAGAUCCACGUGAUGACGGUUGGAGUAAAAGCGGUAAUAUCGGUCGUCGCUGGACGAAGAAAGAACGUCAUCAGACAUCAUCCUCGUCACGUGAUCUCAGCCCAUGGGAUGAUGAGCUGUCUGACUUUCAAAAGCAAAAACGCGUACCAGGUGUAGGGCCCGCAGCACCAACGCCAGGUGCCGUACAUGCUUCGGAUCGACAUGGCUACUAUAUGCGACAUACGCGGCGCCUGAACUCUUGCGAUGAAGAUUAUGACUAUGAAGACGAUUUCAGUGCACGACGUGAUCAUCGAAAACUAAAGCCAGGACUCUCACGCAGCCGAGAUAACUUCGAUUUAGAAUCUCCUAGUUGGUAUCACCACGCACCUCAUCAUACCUGGUCGCCACAGGAAAUCGAACAAGUAGCUGGUAUGCGUGCACGCGCCUUUGAACGUAGCGCUUAUGAGCGCACAACUUACGGGCCUCCGGUUUACGAUAAACGUGGCAUUGCACUGCCGCCCAAUGCCUCAUCGAGCUACGACCGUCGUAGUGGUUACGAUAAACGCAGCAAAUACUACCGCGACUAUGCGCGUCCAAAUUACGAUUUCGACGAAUAUGGCGACUCGCCUCACGAUCGCUAUCGUGAUACUGGAUGCUUUGAAAAGCUGAAAGUUGGUCGACGAGCCGAUUACGAAAAUAUAUACGAUGAAGGCCGUUCCCCAAUGGGUGGGCUGAUCAGCGGCAGUAGUGGUUAUAAGUCACGUGGUGGAGAUUAUCUAUAUGAACGCGACCGUAAAUCUUUCGAUCGGGAAAGCGUGGAGUCUUUUGAGAGCGCCACGCGGCGUCGGCGUAGUUUCGGAAGCGGGGAUGUGUACGGUAGUAUUGAGAGUCACGAAGAGUUCCGCGAACGCUAUGGGCCGGAAAAAACGCGCUCGUUGCGGAAAGGCAUGAAGCUGCGAACUACUGGCGACAUUGAAUACGAACAAGAUUCUGAAAAUGAUUUUCAUCAGCGGGCGCGCCUCAGUAGCGGUGCAAAUGCUGUUGGUGUGACAGAUACCCGUAGUCUGCAGCGUCCAAGUCAAUUGACGUCAGGUGGAGCAGUUAACACUAUGAGCAUGGGAGCUGGACAGACGCGUGCACGCAAGAGUAGCGGUUCAAGUCCCUGGGAUGGCGAAGAACCGUCAUUAGCAGGUCAGAAAUCUUGGAAGCGCCCAUCAAGUGCCGCCGACUCCGAACGACGACUCGCCGAAAGUAGACGGGCUGCGACACUUGGACAGACUCUAUCUGGCUCAGAUGGUGAAAAGGAUCGCAGGUUCCGCAAAAAGCAACGUUCGCGUGGCAAAGAAAUUCCAUACAGUAGCACUGGCACUGCACCUGGUAGUAGCAGUCGUUACAGUAGCGGCGUUGUCUCGGCAGCACCUCAUCCACGUGAUAAUUACGAUUACAUCACAUAUGACGACGAUGAUGUGGACGACGAGGAAGACUACGUGGAUGAAGAGUAUGAUGAACCGCCUACGGAUGAGGACAAGUUUGAACGCUUAAAUAGGCGCCGCCAUGAGAUGCAUCAACGCAUGAUGGAGAGUGAUCGUAGACAACAUUCCAUGGGCAAAGUGCCAAUCAGUUCACUCAAAUGCAGUGCCCCUACGACUGCUGCCAAGAAAUAUCCAACGCGAAGUGGCGAUUAUGAUUUCGAUGAUUACGAGCAGUCGCCCACACCGCGCUCGAAUGCCAGCGCAAGCUUAGCAAGCGCAGGCAGCUCCUAUCUGGCAACAACCAGUAUUGGUGGUGGCGGUUGUGCUACGAAGUUUAGUUUCGAUGGCGGUUUUGAAUCGGACUUUAAUCAGAGCUCGCCGCCACCGGCUCCUGCGGGUACAGCAUCCAGUUGCAACUCUACCCCAGCCGCCACCACAGCAAGUGCGUGUGCCACAUCAGCUACUAAAUCGUCCUUCCGCUUCUCAAAUGACUUUUCGGAACGAGAAAAACUGCACAGCUUCGCACAAAAUUCCACGAGCGUUAGCAGCUCGCAACAGUUUGAUUUGGAUGGUACGCAAUCGCCAGCUUCGCACACAAUGCCGCCAAUUAUUACACAAAAGUUGCGUUUCGAUGAUAAUGUCAAGGUUUCGCAAUUUGACGAUGCUGCCUUUGAAGAUGAUUUCUCAAAUGCACAAUUCGAUUUCGAAAAGGAAGACCAGUGGCAUGCUGACUCACUACAAAGCGCUAGCAAUGCAGCGCUUAUGACGCCUGCUGCAAAAAAACAGAAUCUGCGCAAUAGUAAACUGCAACAGAGGCAGGAACUUAUUAAGAAAUCCGAAUCGAUUAAUAUAUUUGCCAAGAAAUCAGAGGAUCCAUUCGAAGAUGAUGAGUUUUUUAAGGCACCGAACGAAACGAAAUUAGCUAAUAACAGUAACAAUAAUAAUAAUGGACAACAAUCAGCGAAAUCGAGUGCAGGGAAUGGGAGCGGAUUUCAAUGCGAGGAUGAUUUUAAUUUCGCCAAAUUCGAUGAAAACAUGUGAUUUGAUAAAUUAUUUGCACGAAACGCAAAAACUGAGCAUAUAAUAAAACAACAACAACAAAGUAAUAGCAAUUUGAAAAGUAUUGAAGUUCCAAGUGAAUGCAAGGAGGCUAUGAAACGAAGUCGUGCUAAAGAACAAAGUGAUGAGGAUGAUGAAGAAAAUAAUUAUGCCGAGAUUAAUGUGCUCGCCGAUCAUGAUUACUAUUAUAUAACAAAUCUAAAUGAAUACUACUAUCAGCAUCAGCAAGAACAGCAAAAACAGCAACACACACAAACACAAUUGCAACAUUCUUAUAGUGCGGCACCACUUUGCGCAGCGACAGAUGACGUAGGUGAGUGUGGUAGUGGAGUUGUGCCCAAAGGAAACGACUGUCUCACUCAAAUACAACGACAUCAACAGCAAGAACAACAACAACAAUAUGAAAGUAUUAAGGGGACUUUGUUGAGGAAUACGAAAAAAUGUCGACGUAAAAUCGUAUCAUUGAAUUUUCUAAUGAAAAAUUUGAUUAUGUAUCGCUUUAAAUAUGAUAUUCUAUAGGAAGUAUGGAGAGGGGCUAAAGAAUAUAGCAUUGACGUUCGUUUAGACCGAGUUGCGACUCCAAUUUAAA